CUCCCGCAGAAAGCUCGUAAACUGGAAACAUGGCGGCCUCCUUUGACAGAGGUGACGUCCUUGCAGAUCGCUUCUGCGGGAGCGGGGAGCGUUACACACACACAUAUCCAUACGUGUAUACCAUCGCCCAAUCUGGCUUGCCCUUUCGUACGGCGUCGACACAGAGGAUGCCGCAUACGCUUUCUCGUACGUCGUCGAAACAGAACCGCAGGACCCGCUUCCCCAGGAAGCGAGGUGGCUUUUUCCUUUCGCCUUGGCGCGGGUCCAGAACCAGGCUCGGAGAAAGGCGGAGGGCCAGAUGAAUGAGAGGGCGGAUAUGUAUACUGCGCCUUUGCGGCCCAGCAGUGCAGCUUCGGCGACCAUAACCACCAGCGAAGCAUGCCCCCGUUGUCACUCGUGCGGAGGAGCCAUCCCAAUUCUUCGGCAAAGGGGCCCUGGAUGCAAGGGGUCUGACAUCUCAUCCCCCCCCUUCUCUUCGUCGAUGACUAGACUAGGCUGACCGUUGGGCUCCUC